ACAUGUACGACCAGAGCACCACCUGACUCAAGAUGAACUUGCUUGGACUGCAGGUUUUGAUCUGGUACUUCCUUUCUUCACCCUUCCAUCUUAAGGGCCCCUUUGGUAAGGCAUCCCUUUUAAAGGGUGCCAAAUCACCUUUUUCUCUUUAUGCAAUCUCCUUCCAUCCCCUUCCCACUUUCAUUUCUUUUUUGUCUUCAAAAGCUUGGCUCGAAGGGCUGCUCACACUCUCACAGGAAUCCAUGACAAUCUGUAACGAAGUGGAACAGAUGAGUUAGAUCAUGUUUGAUGCACUGAUUUGACCAGGGCUGGCAUGAAUUUAAACCAUUGUCACCACAGUGUCAAAGAUCGCCCGUGUCUCUGGAGCUGGUGCUCCGUGCCCUGUACCAUGCUUUCGGAGGGCAGCUCAGAGACCCAAGAGGACUCCAUUCAAUCGCGCUUGCAGUUCCGUUCUGAAGUCUCUGAAGUCUCCGCCCAGCAGCUGGGUCCGAUCGAGGAAUAUGAUGAUGAGGAGGAGGAAGAGGAUGAGGAGAUGGUGGAGAUGCCACAGCGGGCCUUACCUGCAAAGCCAGGUGUGCCGCUCUUUGGGCCGUUGCACCAGAGGAAGGAAGCAUUUCGAGACUUGGGGGAGGAGAUCACCAACAUCCUUAAGAUUCAACAUGCAGAGGUGAUGCAGCGCUUGGACCAACAGGAUCGGACCUUGCGGGAGCUUCGGGAUGUGAACGGUGCUGGAAUCCGACACAGGCCAUCAGUGAAGUCCGGGCGGGGAAGCAUCAACAAGGACAAGAAGUCUGUCCACCUUGACAUCCCUAAGGUGAAACAGAAGUCGACCUUCACUCCUAAGCUCUUCAGUUCUUUGACAGCAGUAGACCUGAAGCUCAAGGCUGGUGCGGCAGACGUGGACGCCGAGGCUGCCAAGGCGAAGAAGGAUGCAAUGGUGACAGACAGAACGCAAAGCAUCAACCAACCAAGGAGUUGGUUGCAUCAAACAGUCCAUUCCCCUUUUUUCGAUCUCUGUUUUGCCACGGCAAUUCUGGUGAACACCGUGUUCAUCGGUGCAGAGGUGGAGUUGUCCCAACCAGGCGUUGUAGAGCACCUCUGGAUUCAGGUCACUCGGUACUUUUUCAGCGGGCUCUUCACGCUGGAGCUUUUCAUGCGCCUGGCAGCCGAUGGCUGUUGUGGCUUCUUUUGCGCAGAGGAUUCUCGCUGGAAUAUGCUGGAUAUUUUCAUCGUGCUGAGCUCGUGGUGGGAAAUUGGCCUUGAGUUGCUCUACAUCACCAGCACAGAUAGUGCAGGAGGUAUGGACAACGUGGUGGGCCUCACCGGGCUUCGCGCAUUGAGGAUCUUGCGGAUCACCCGGCUGGUGAAGUUGGCUCGGGUUGCACGGAUUCUCCGUUUCGUGAUGGCUUUGCGUACUUUGACCCAGUCAAUCAUCUACACUUUGAAAUCUUUGAUAUGGGCUAUCUUCUUGCUCUUUCUGAUCGUGUACAUCUUUGGGAUACUUUUCCUUCAGGCAUUGAAGGAUUAUGAGAGCGAUCCCCACGUCUCACUGACGGAUGAGGAGUUGGCCGCGAAGGAUCUCUACUUCCGUAGUUUGUGGAUUUCCAUGCUGAGCCUCUUCAUGAGCAUUGCGGGUGGUGUGAGCUGGGGACAGCUGCUGCUGCCCUUGCAUGCAAUUUCGACUGUUUGGAUUUGGGUCUUCCUUUGCUACAUCUCCUUCACGUACUUCGCAGUCCUGAACGUCGUUACGGGGGUAUUUUGUCAGAGUGCAAUAGACUCAGCGCAGAGCGACCACGACGCUGUUCUCCAGUCAAUCCUGGCAAACAAGCAGGCUCAUAUUGAAAAGAUCCGAUACUUGUUCAAUGAGAUUGAUGCAGAAGAGGUCGGCGUCAUCACUUACCAGAUGUUUCAGGACAAAGUUGGCACCAAGGAAGUGCAGACGUAUUUCGAGUCCAUUGACCUGGAUAUUUGGGAUGCAUGGUCAUUCUUCAAACUUUUAGAUCUGGAUUCAGGGGGUGCCAUUGAGGUGGAGGAGUUCUUGAUGGGCUGCCUCCGUUUGCGUGGAAAUGCCCGUGCCAUGGAUAUGGCGAAACUCUGCCAUGACCAGGCAUGGCUGAUCAGAAACCAGUCGCGUUUCUGGAACUUUGUAGAGGAGGAGCUGAUCCGCACACGACAGCGGCUCGAUCAGCUCACGGAGCAGCAGGCAAAUUAGCAGUGGUGGAGACGGCAUUCUGGAGCGGAGCAGCAACGCCAAUGAGUCUUUCCGCAAACAUGUUGCCUGUCACCUCACAUUUUUGUCCCUGUAAGAGCGAGCUUCUCGUCCUGCCAACUGUUUACAAAUCAUGCGUCAUACCG